UGAUGAAACUAUGGGGAAAAACAUGAUUGUUGUAUGUGACAAUGGCGAAGGAAUGACAUCAAAAGCUUUGCAGAAUUGGGCUGUAUACAGGCUCUCAAAAUUCAUACGCAAAGAUAAAGAUAUUGAGAAAAACAUGGAUGGUGAUACUAGCCAGCAAGUUAUAAUGCCCCGCUCACUCAACAGUGAUAUUUCCUAUUUUGGUGUUGGGGGAAAGCAAGCAGCAUUCUUCAUCGGUUGUUCUACUGUGAUGAUCUCAAAGCCGAGAGGCUCAAAAGAUGUGCACGAGUUCACAGUCUCCAAAGAAGAAUUUGAAAGACGAGAAAGAAUGAAGGAAUCGAUCUAUAGGGGAUUCAUACAAAAUAGAAAGCCUGGUGAUAUUAACCAUGUUCCUCCAGAGAGCAAGCACAUGCAGCAAUUAAUAAAAGAUGAAUUGGACCAAGAAAGCUUCACAAACAUUGCUAUCUCGGGCAUUGAGAGUAAGCAUAUCCAGUACUUAAAGUCAGACUUCGACGGAUGGUGUAGGCAGUUGGCGCACAUCUAUCACUACUACAUCCAUGGUCCUAAGGGCAAUGAAGAAAGGUCCCUAAGUAGCCAUCAAAGGGCGCCCUCUCCAUUCAAGAACCUUGAUAUUGACAUCACACUCUACGAGAAGGGUAAAUCUCCGAAGGAAAAAAGUCUGCGAGAUAUUGACUCUGACCAGCAAACUAACUUUAUUCGGUCUGCUGGCAGUGACAGCUUUGAGUUUCGUGCAAAGGUUGAAGGAACAGGAAUUGUGGAGGGAAUAUUGAGAUACCAUCCAUUCCUUUAUGACAAAGAAACUUACCCCUCAAAUACACCUUACAGAACACUUCAUGUAGGAAAUGAAGUUGACAGUGACUUAAUAAUAAAUGAAGAAGAGCUGGAGUUUUAUGUGCAGGACAGGCCAGCGAGGGGCAAUAGACCUAUAUUUGAGUGCUAUUGGAAUGGAAGGCUAAUACCAUAUACAUUUGUGCAGGAGUAA